UACUGAAACAACCCCGGUGUUGAAUGUAACGAUGUAGCCCAGCCUCAUUCACUAUCACUCACUGCUCCACGACAUCUCGAUGUGUUAAUUCAGCUGGACCGUUUUCUGCUGGCUUUCACUGAUGUGUAUGUCUCCUAGACAGAGGUUGUGGAAUGCUGCUGGACGAGACUCCGCUCUUUGAGCCCUCUCUGCUUCAGGAGUUGGACUGGAGCUGCAACACUGUCCCCUUCUCUCCCCUGAUCUCACCGUCCAAUCCAGGAGAAGGCCUGGUGCUCAGGCCACUCUGCACAGCAGAUUUUAACAGAGGAUUCUUCAAGGUUUUAUCCCAACUUACCCAGACUGGAGAUGUAACCCCGGAGCAUUUUAUCAAUAAAUUCAAGCACAUGAAGACAACAGGGGACUAUUAUGUUGUUGUGGUGGAGGACACAAAUCUGGGUCAAAUCGUUGCCACAGCCACGCUCAUCGUCGAACACAAGUUCAUCCACUCUUGUGCCAAGCGGGGUCGGGUGGAGGAGGUUGUAGUCAGCGAUGUGUGCCGUGGGAAGCAGCUGGGGAAACUGUUAGUGUCAGUGCUCACUCUUCUCAGCAAAAAACUGAACUGCUAUAAAAUCACUCUAGAAUGUGCACCCAAAAAUGUGGCUUUCUACCAAAAAUUUGGCUACGGUGCUUCAGAUGAGACAUACAUGCAGUGCAGAUUCUUCGACUGAGGCUGCAGCUUGAAACCCUGGUUCAUGGACCGUUUCUACAAAUGACAUCAGCACUUGUUAUGAUGGUCUUAAGCACCGGGGAAAAUCCCUGGUGCUGAGUUUACGGUUGUGUUAUAAUUUAAUUAUAUGAGACCUUUUGAUCUCAAAACACUUGAAUAUUUGUACAUUGAAACUAUGAAAUUUAUUCGCCCCUUUGGUAACCAGGGCUACCUCACCAGGGUGGACGUCUGCGGACAUUUCCCUUCACCCAGCUGAAGAAAUGCCAGUUACUGUAAAUUCAAUGUUGUUCCUUUGGUUUCACUGAAAACAGUUUCAUAUAAACCG